UAGCGCGGAGCGCAGUGCUCCCCGCGGCGGCGUCCCCGGCAGUCCGUACCCCCGCCGGGUCUGCAUGGAGAUCGGGGGCCGCCGCGGCCAGGGCUCGGCCCCGGGGCUGGCCUCGGCGACACCAGAGUCUCAGCAAGAGCAAAGGACAGGGGCCGAGGCGGGGGUUCCCGACCCUGGUGCCCUCCGAGACCGCAGCUUCCUGCUCUGUCUCUACCUAAUGGGCUUCUUGGAUUUGUUUGGUGUCAGCAUGGUUGUCCCAUUAUUGAGCCUUCACAUCAAGUCUCUUGGAGCAAGCCCAACAGUUGCUGGAAUAGUAGGCUCCUCUUAUGGCAUCUUGCAGCUCUUUUCCAGUACGUUGGUGGGUUGCUGGAGCGAUGUGAUCGGGAGGCGGGCCUCGCUGCUGGUCUGCAUUCUGUUCAGUGCCCUGGGUUACCUUAUCCUUGGAGCCUCCACCAAUGUGUUCCUAUUUGCCCUCGCUAGAAUCCCCGUGGGUAUUUUCAAACACACACUGUCCAUUUCAAGGGCUCUGCUUUCUGAUCUGGUUGCAGAAAAGGAGCGGCCAUUAGUGAUGGGACAGUUCAACACAGCAUCUAGUGUGGGCUUCAUCUUGGGCCCCAUGGUUGGUGGAUAUCUUACUGAGCUAGACGAUGGAUUUUAUAUAACGUGCUUCAUCUGUUUUUCUGUCUUCAUUCUCAAUGCUGGUCUUGUUUGGCUGUUUCCAUGGAGUGAAAUAAAAGUCAGCAAUACAAAGAAUGGCCUGCGAUUGAGUAAGAACCAUGGACUUUUGGGAAAGACAGACUACGAAGUGCAGGAAGCGGGCCCCACGAGUGGGAGGACCGCCAGGCCGCCCCGGAUGGCGGUCCUGUCAACCCUGCAGGUCAUGAAGGGCCUGAUAUUUUCUGAAAUGUGGGAAAUAUUUCUGGUGCGCUUGCUGAUGGCCGUGGCAGUCAUGCUGUACUACAGUAAUUUUGUCUUGGCCCUGGAGGAACGCUUCAAGGUGAGCCCCAAGACCGCAGGCUACCUCAUCAGUUACAGCAGCGCCCUGGGGGCCCUGGCCGGCUUAGCCCUGGGGCCCCUCAUGCGGCUGUAUGGGCACAACUCCCACAGGGUCCUGCUGCACUCCAGCACACUCACCUUCCUGCUGCUCCUGCUCUUCUCCACCGCCCGUACCAUGGCGGCCGUCAUCCUGUCCUCCACGCUCCUGUCCUUCUCCACGGCCAUCGGCAGGACUUGCAUCACGGACCUCCAGCUGACCGUGGGUGGAGCCCAGGCCAGCGGCACCAUUAUAGGCGUGGGGCAGUCAGUGACAGCGGUGGGCCGGGUCAUCGCGCCCCUCCUCUCGGGAGUUGCCCAGGAGGUCAGCCCUUGCGGCCCCCCCAGUCUAGGGGCUGCAUUAGCCUUGGUGGCUAUUUUCAUCAUGUCACUAAACAAACCUCACUAUGGUGGUGAUAGGAGUGAUCAAUUAAAAAGUGAAUAGAAUGGGUUUGUACAACAGGAAGAAGCAAAAUCCAAGGUAUGUGAUUAAGGGACAGAGGCCGUGACAAGAAGCGGGCUUUGCAAAGGGUGGGUGGUGUAAGCAGGCAUCCAGGUCAGCACUCAGCUCUGCAUUUAGGCUGAUCAGAAUUCAGAGCCUUGCCAAAGGGAAAGGUAUUAAAACAUUUGCCUAAAAGUCUCUCUCCUUAUGGGCUAGUGAGGUUAAAUGAAGGGGAGAAAGAUCCCAGCUACAGGAAUAGUGGUGAUACCAGAACGUGAUAUGUGCAAGAAGGGAAGAGACCCAAGGUUUCCUCACUAAAUAAAAAUAGGGAAAGCGUUAAUCAGAUGGGACACAGAUUUCAUUGCAGUUCAAUUGUAUAAGCUAAGAGGGAGCUUUUCUACUAUUAGAAUCCUACACAAUGAAGAAGCUGCUCUAUCAAAAACAGCCUGUUACUUACAUCAUAUCAAGGUUGUGAAUGCUGCUUCUACCUGGGGACCUGGUUAGAAAUCAGGUGCCCAGCCUCACCCCUGCAGACUAUUUCUGUGGGCCUAGGUGAGGCCCAGACAUCUACUGUAUUUAAUAAGGACCACUUGCAGCAGUUUCUCAUGGAGGUAGAAAAAGGAUCAUUCUGAGACAUACUGGUUUCUAUUAGAGUAAAACCUAGAGACUAGGUUGUUUUUAUGAAUAACUAACUCAGUUUGGACUGUUUGUUAAAACUGUGUAGCGCCAAUUUCCCCAGCUCUCAGUGUUAUACCCCAUAUCGUUUUAUGCACAGUGAGAGAAUAGGGUGUCAUACCUUACUGGAGGGACUUAAUUCUUCAAUGUCUUAUGUUGAAAAUUAUUUCCUUCAUUUUAAUAUCAGACUGAACAGAAGAGCUUUGUUGGUCUACUGGGACAUGUAUCUAUGUGCCUUUUCCUGCCCUUCCAAAAUUAAACCUGCGGGGCCCAGAGUCAGGGUGGGUACAGGCUCGCAGGGAGGCAUUGUCAGGACACUUCCUGACUAUGGGCAACAUCAGUUAUCAAUAAAAAUUAUUUAGGAGCUCCCUCUCUUUUUUUCACAGACUCCCAAAGUGCACAUUCCUUUCAGUCCUCUUAAUUAGUCCACCACAAUAUUACUCCUGCUUUCAACCUCACGCACUUAUGAUUGUAACACACUAAUUUGCCAUCACUUUAAUACUUUCUGUAUGGAAAGCAGAAAAAAGAUUUCUGUAGUUUUAGAAGUUCAAUAUGGGGUAAACUCAAAAUUUUUAAUAUGAUAAUCUAUUGGAAAUUCGAAGAUUGUCCUUUCUCCUACCUAACUGCAAGAAAAAUACAGACUUUUUAUUAAGUGUUGUAAUUCUGAACUUUUAGACAAGUGCUCAGUGCUUUCGAAGAUACCGAAAUAUGGUAUAAAAUGGCCUUGUCCUCAAGGAGCACACCACCUCGUCAUGGAUGUUAGACGCAGAAGGACAAUAAAUAUUCAAGGGUUUUUGCAAUGAAGUAGAAUUUCAGAAGAAUUUCUCCAAAGAUUUCACCCUCAGAAGUGGACAGGUUUCUUAGAAGCUCUUAAGUAUAGCCAUGUUUUUAUUUUUGAAAUCAUAGCACUUUAUAUUUGAAGUUAAAUAAAAGCCCAUUAACUUGAUAAGUCUUUACAAUUAGGUUCAUGGAAAUACUGAAAACCAAAGGUUGAUCUUUGUAUAGAGAGUGGAGAAAUGCUUUUGUUAUUCUCUACCGGUGAUUUUAGUAUUUUGUUCAUGUGAUUUUUUUCUUUUCAGAUAAGUAUUUUUUUACAGCCCUUCUUAAAUAGUCCGAUGCAUUGCUGCUAUUCAGGGUGUGUCCUGGGGGACCAGCAGCAUCAGCAUCUCCUGGAACAGAUAGAUGCUCACAUUCCACCUCAGACAUGCUGGGGACCAUUUUCACAAGUUACCCAGUUGCUUCGUAUGCACAGUAAAAUUUGAAAACCACUGCUCUAAGGGACAGUAUUUGUAUACUUUAUAGAAUGUGAUCUCAGGGGAAGUAAAUUGCUCAAUUAAAGAUUGUGUUGUUUUUAAACUCUCUUGAGUAACUUCUGUAAUCCUUUUCAAAAUACUAGAUUGAGCCACAUGAAAUUGCUAUUUUUGUAAAUCAAAAUAUCUGCGGUGUCGUAUGGUUCAACUUAAUAUUGUAUGGAACCUUUAGAGGCAUUGAACUUGUCUGAAAAGUUUAUAAAGGAAAUGGCACCCUUUCAACAUUAUGCCAAGCACAACUGUGAAACAUCCUCAGGGCUCAGUUUUCCAAAAGGCUUGGCCUUUUCCAUGGAGGGAAGGUAUACCUCUGCCUUCAUGUCAGCAGGGAUGUGCAGAAUCCAGAAAGGGAGUAGAGUAUGCCUGGCUAUGAGAGCAGCAUGUGCAGCGCUCCAAAUCCCAGGCCUCUGGCCUCCUGGAGCAGAAAGGUCCGACAAGAAUUAUGCCUAGAGACAAGGAAAAGGACUAGAAUCAGUGGUUCUCUACCCCGGCUGCAUAUUUGAGUCACUUGAUGCCCAGAGCAUGUCCUGGCCCCAGGGAACCGGGCUCUAAAGUGCCCUGUGUUCUUCAUGCACACCAGCAUGGAGAAUCACGGCCUUAGAUUUGAAAGGGCUCGUCUUCCAUGCUCAGGGUGAGCUUGUGCUCUGACAGAUGACGGGGCACCACUGAAGGGUUAGUGCUGGAGAGUGCGCCACAGACCUGUGUGGUUUACAAAGAUCUGGACUUUGGGGAAGUAAUCCAGAGGAGCCUGAGGGAGAGGUGGUCAGGGCACUGAGGGAAGCAGGUAGGGGCAGCAUCUGGAAGGCCUGGUGACUGUCAGGGUGUGGCCUUCAUGGAGAUUUCAGGAGGGGCUGUGGGUGAUAUCCAAGUGUCUGGUCUAGGUCUUUAUAAAAUCUUAAAAUAGGUUACCACGGAUCUAGCCAGGAUAAUGCAUAUAUAAUGCAGCUCUUCUUGGAACAAGGCAGUGGAUUGAAAAAACUUUUUUUUCAGGCCUAAUUUUUUCCUGAAGAACUUGCCAGUUACAUGGUAAUCAUUUUUCUUAAUAAAAUCCUUUAAAAAUUAUAAUGAAGUGUAACAAAUUAUGAUUUUUAGAAGCCAUUGUAUCCUGAUACAUAUUUUUAAGUCAGGGUCCUGAAGUGCUUGAAAAUUCUAAACUCCAGUCUGCUGAAACAUCUUAGUAAAAACAGCAAGCUUUUGUCUUUAACAACCACACGCUAAUACCAAAUAUGUACGUAAUUUGAAAUUUAUUCUACACUGACGGCAAGCAAAUAGUUUCAGCAUGUCAUCACACUAGGGUUUGUUUCUAAUUAAUCAGGUGCUCAAAUAGUAACAUUUUAAAACAUUACAUAUAAGGUAGUUAAGGAAGCAAAUACAGUAAACAGUUUUGAUCAGGUACCCAAAACUGUGUUAUGAAAACCUAAAAUUACCUGCAUAAUCUUUAAAUAUCGUUUGGUAAGACAAUGGUUGGCAUUAACCUAAUUUUGUGUGUGUGUUUGGGUUGGCUUGAGAAGGUAGCAUUUAAUAUUUCAGAGUACAUGUUAUCUUUGAGCCAAGAGUCUGCUUACAUUUAGAAAAUUAAUGAACCUAUUAUAACCUUUAUUCCUGAAAUCAGGUUUUUCUAAUAUAAUUACAGUAUUAGCCUAGUUUGAGAUACUAUAUGUAUUUGAAACUUAAAGAACUGAAAAUUUUAAUAUGCUUAAAUUCUUAUCAUUCAUGAAUUCCAGCUAUCGUGAUCCUAUUUAGUACAAAUGAGAAUGGUUUAUAUAUUUAUAAAUAUAAAAAUUGGAAUUUCUGGUGCUGUCCUGGUUUCAUGUGAAAUAUUUUCUACAUAAGUGAUUAAAUAUUUGCAUGUGACUUAAUAUUUAAACUUUUGUACAUUUCACAGGAACUAGGAGAAAUUCUUUGUCAGUGAGCAUGUGCGCGUGUGUAUAUAUAUAUAAAUUUUCUCUUUAUAAAUAUAUAAAAUUUCUCUUUGGCAA